AUGCGGGGUUUUUCAUUAACUUCGUUCCUGGUGAUCUUGAUGUUCACCGCGUUACAAGGAGAAGAGAAGAAAAAAGACUGGCAUGAAACAGCGGUACUGUAUCAAAUCUACACGAGAUCAUUCAAGGAUUCCGAUGGAGAUGGGAUAGGGGAUAUAAAAGGAAUACACGAGAAACUUGAUUACAUAAAAGACACUGGAUUCGAUACAGUUUGGAUUCAAACGUUUUUCAAAUCUCCGAAUGUAGAUUUUGGAUUUGAUGUGUCUGAUCAUAAAGCUGUUGACCCAACCUACGGAACAAUUGAUGAUGUUAGACGCUUGGUAGACGCCAUCCAUGAAAAAGGUAUGAGAGUGCUGUUCGAUUUCAUUCCGAACCACACGAGUGACAAAAAUGAUUGGUUCAUAAAAUCGGUGAAUAGAGAGGACCCUUACACAGAUUUUUACAUCUGGAGGGAUCCCAAAGGUUUUGACGCGCAGAAUCAGCCGAUACCUCCUAAUAAUUGGGAUGUGAUUCAAUAUUGGUUGGAUUUUGGCGUUGAUGGCUUCAGAGUUGAUUUCCCGGCCGGCAUUUUUGAGGACGAACAACUACGGGACAACCCGUGGGUUUCUCCGGAGAGUGUAAAUUCGACGAAUUAUCAUGCGCAAAUUCACCUUUUCCAGUACAGUCUUGACGAAGUUGCGGGAUUGGCACAGGAAUGGCGCUCACUCUUGGAUAGAAACAAACAAAAAGACGGCAAAACAAGAUUGAUGGUUUUGGAGCUCUUCCUCCAUCCGGAUGGACUCAUCAAAUUCUUCGGUGACUCAACUGAUAAGACGUCUCUUUUACCAUUUUAUUUUGGGCUCAUGUGGAUGGAUAACUCUUGGAGGGCGAAGGAUUUGAAUCAGACUAUUCAUGGUUUCAUGGAUAUCUUACCAGCGAACGGAGUCCCAAGCUGGAUGGCUAGCACGCACGACUUUCCCCGUAUUGCCACCAGAGUUGAGCCUGAAUUUUCAGAAGCAGCGUCCAUGAUUCAACUUAUGCUACCCGGACUGGCGAGCAUCUACUAUGGCCAGGAGAUUGGCAUGACAGACGUUAGAAUUCGAGCAGAUCAGCGACAAGAGGAUAAUGGAAGAGAUGGAUUCACUACUAACAAGAAAGCAUGGCUACCCGUGAACCCUGGAUAUUGGCGACAUAACGUGAAAGAGCAACUUAAAGAUCCUCUCAGCCACUUGAAUAUAUUCAAACGUCUACUGGAAUUACGACAUAAUCCGGUUAUUAAACACGGAGAAUUGGAGACAUGUGUUAUAUCAGAAUGGAUGUUCUUGUUCGCACGAAAACUUCAAGGCCAACCUCCUAUUUUCAUCAUGGUAAACAUGGGAUCUGAAACCGAAUCUAUGUGCCUGAACCAAUGUGCCAUUUACAAAAAUCUGUCAGACUCACUGGAAGUUCAUACAAGUAGCGCGAACUCAGGUCACAGCUUUGGGGAUAAAGUGAUCGUGUUGGGAGCAGAUUCCAAGUGUUCCAGCUUACGGCCCAAAUCUGGAUUAGUUCUCACGUCUACUACAGACAACCAAACCUCCGGCUCCAAAAUGAUAUUAACUGAUGCAGUGCUGAUGAUCCCACUGACUAUUGUAUUGCUACGAAUUACUCGAAGAGAUUUUUGA